CCCUCGAAUAUGGCUGCAGUGACCCUGAAGACGUUAUGCGAUUAUCUGACAUCACUAUUGGAUGCGAAGUGUCUUCCUUUGAUACUUUUAAGUCGAUAAACAUCGAUUUCCACAGCUACAUUUAAUUUAUGCGAUGGCUUUUCAUGCCAGCAAGUGCUGCCGCAUUGUACUGUGCAACCAUUACGUUGUCAAGGCCCUGUCAACGCAGCACAUGGAACUAUUUGCGCCAAGCUCAACAGCCAAAAUGCUGCGGUUCUAUUCCAGUGAUACGCAAGAGGAAAAUGAACUUCAACUCGUAACUCUUGCACACUCAAUUGCAGCUGUCACCGUAACGACACAGGGUGUGGCAGUCCCAGGGAGCCGGAGGCGAAGGUUAAACCAGGACGUUCUACCCUUCUCUGCCUUCCUGACAGGCGACUUUUGUCGAAGGCACAGCUACCUGCGCGUCUCCAUGAUGAAGGAAUGCAACCUUCGCUGCACCACAGCCAAAAGGCCUCUGUCCCUGCCCAAGACCAGAAUCUUCCAGGGGUCCUCUCCCCCCCUCUCCUAUGUCCUCACCUCAGCUAUGACCCUCCAACAGUACCACUCCAGAAGCGGGGGUGGCCAACCCAGUAAGGAUGUAUCAUGCCUUUCAGGCUACACUGUUUCAACAGUGCAGCCUGGUGUCAGCUGCUCGGGAACCCACCAGUGUGGAAGAAUCCCUCAGUGGUCCCAUUUUGUCAAAAGAAACCGUUACGGGGGUUACAGUGCCUCUAGUGUAGCCCCCCGUAGCAAAUAUGGGAACGGUGACUUACUGGCAACCCCCAGUUAUCAAACCAAAGCUUCUGGUUCUGACACACACACACAUGUAUUGAGUCACAAUGACAGCGAUUGCCUCAGGUACACAGUUACCAGGGGUCCAAACUUGAUAAAGAAUUCCUCUACAAGGACCUCCGGGAUUCCUUCCCUUUGCACACUACUGAGAAAUGCCAAAACAGGUCCCCUCCUAGGCCAGCAUAGCAUAAGGCUGUGCCACAGACAAACCUCCAGAGAUGUCCCCCAAGCCAAACUCAAACAACCCACACAGGAGCACUUGGUGGCGGAUGCAAAUUCCUCUCACUAUCCUAAGCCAGACAACCCCACCAUCGCCCAACUGACACACACUGACGCCCAAGGCCGGGCCUCCAUGGUGGAUGUGGGCAGCAAGUCUCCCACACGGCGAAGCGCCACAGCCACAGCUACCGUUCAUCUGAGCCCCACCACUUUCGGCCUGCUCCGUGACAACCAGUUAGCUAAGGGCGACGCACUAGCCGUAGCGCAACUAGCGGGAAUCAUGGCCGCCAAGCAGACUGGCGCCCUCAUCCCGCUCUGCCACCCGCUGCCCUUAGACCAUAUCUCCGUCACCUUCAACCUCGACGCCAGUCGACUCGCAGCCGUUGUCACGGCGACUGCCCACACCACAGGCCGCACCGGUGUGGAGAUGGAGGCCCUGACGGCAGUCACGGUGGCAGCAUUGACGCUUUACGACAUGUGCAAGGCGGUGAGUCAUGACAUCACCGUUACGGACGUCAAGCUGGUCAGUAAGACAGGUGGGAAGAGGGACUUCCACCGUGAACCCUGACUUCUAACUGCUGCCCAAAACCUGAUUUCCACACAGCACCAGGUUUGGGAGUCAAUACUUUAUUCAGAUAAGUUUAACUCAGGAGACUUCCCGAAUUGAAAUUGGAAUCGAGCUCCCAACCCUGCAUGGUAUAUCUCCUUUCCGACCCCCUAAUCUCUGAUCACAGAGGAUCAAGAAAUGCCUCACUGUAAGUCCUCCACUGAUGUAAGUUUCCAUAACCCAAAUCAAAUGUAUUCGUCACAUACACAUGGUUAACAGAUGACCUAUGUGAAUCAAAUCAGCGUGCCCAUGGCACUGUUUGCCUGGUAUUGGUCCUUCCAUUGUACCAGAUAACAGGGCAUGGGUACGAUCAGAAAUGCUUACUCUGGCUAUCUGUACAUUUUGUUAAAUAUCAGUUGCACAGUCUCCCUUAACAUAUUAAAUGUAGGAAAUAUAAAAUUGCAGUUUUGCUUUUGCUUGAUUUUAUAGUGUGUUUUUUGUAUUUAUCUGGGGCAUCAUUUAUGAAAUGUUCUUACAAACAGAUUGUGAAUUGUUUGUACGUUGAAAGCCAUGACAACAUUGAUUCAUAAACCUUAAACUUGA